CGGGCGCGGGCGGCGAGCGGGGGAAGAUGGCGGAGCUCGGUAAGAAGUACUGCGUGUAUUGCCUGGCCGAGGUGAGCCCGCUCCGCUUCCGCUGCACCGAGUGCCAGGACAUCGAGCUGUGCCCCGAGUGCUUCUCGGCGGGCGCCGAGAUCGGCCACCACCGGCGCUACCACGGCUACCAGCUGGUGGACGGCGGGCGCUUCACGCUCUGGGGGCCGGAGGCCGAGGGCGGCUGGACCAGCCGCGAGGAGCAGCUGCUGCUGGAUGCCAUCGAGCAGUUCGGCUUCGGAAACUGGGAGGACAUGGCUGCUCACGUCGGCGCUUCCCGGACGCCCCAAGAGGUGAUGGAGCACUACGUGAGCAUGUACAUCCACGGGAACCUGGGGAAGGCCUGCAUCCCUGACACGAUCCCCAACCGGGUGACAGACCACACCUGCCCCAGUGGCGGCCCCCUGUCGCCCAGCCUCACCACCCCCUUGCCUCCUCUUGACAUCUCGGUGGCAGAGCAGCAGCAGCUGGGGUACAUGCCGCUGCGGGACGACUAUGAGAUCGAGUAUGACCAGGAUGCCGAGACGCUCAUCAGCGGGCUCUCGGUCAACUAUGACGAUGACGACGUGGAGAUCGAGCUCAAGCGCGCCCACGUGGAUAUGUAUGUGAGGAAACUCAAGGAGAGACAGCGGCGAAAGAACAUCGCCCGCGACUACAACCUGGUGCCAGCCUUUCUAGGAAAAGACAAGAAGGAUAAGGAAAAAACUAUGAAACGCAAAAUCACGAAGGAAGAGAAGGAGCUGCGGUUAAAACUGAGGCCGCUCUACCAGUUCAUGUCCUGCAAGGAGUUUGAUGACUUGUUUGAAAACAUGCACAAAGAAAAAAUGCUCCGGGCAAAAAUUAGAGAAUUGCAAAGGUAUCGGCGAAAUGGGAUCACGAAAAUGGAAGAGUCUGCAGAAUACGAGGCAGCGAGGCACAAACGGGAGAAGAGGAAGGAGAACAAAAACAUAGCCGGCUCCAAGAGAGGAAAGGAGGACGGCAAAGAUGGCGAGUUUGCUGCCAUUGAAAACCUUCCCGGCUUCGAGCUCUUAUCCGACCGUGAGAAGGUGCUCUGCAGCUCUUUAAAUUUGAGCCCAGCUCGCUACGUGACCGUGAAAACCAUCAUAAUUAAAGAUCACCUCCAGAAACGACAAGGCAUCCCUUCCAAAAGCCGCCUGCCUAGUUAUUUGGACAAAGUCCUAAAGAAAAGGAUUUUAAAUUUCCUCACGGAAAGUGGGUGGAUAUCCAGGGAUGCUUCCUGAGGCCGAGGUUGCUCCGAAAGCCGGAAUAUUAAGCUAACGUGUGAGCCAAAAGGACUUGGGUGUGAGGGAGGUGGGAGGAGAAGAGCUUUUUUCCCCCGUUGUUGCUCUUUUUUAAAAAACAAAUUGAGUUCCUUCUUUUAAGACAUAAAAUUCUUUUUGUGGUCCUCUGAAAGCAGCGGUAGGAGCACUCUGACAUCGGAUCAUGGGGGAAGCAAAUGGAUGUGUUUUAGCUUAGUCCUCAGAGUCACACCUUAUGAUGAUUUGCCUUUAAGUGUUCAGUUUGGAGAAUAUUAUGAGAUUCAGUAAUUUCCUUUUAUUUUGUGAGCUUUCUUCCCUUUGGGUACAAAAACUGUUGUACUUUGGGGAAAAGGAGCAAUUUUCUACUGCUGGACCGAGAAGCCGUUGGCUUUAGCCUGAUGACACAAGCCCUUCUCGGCCAGGCUGCCCUGCAGGCUCCCCUUUGGGGCCCCGUGCUGCCAGCCAGCCGACACGGGUCCGGCACAUGGCACUUUAGAGGGAGGCAGGGCGGGGCCCAGGCUCCCCCAGGGGAGCAGGCGAAGGAAGUGAACGGAAAGAUCGGAGCAGAAGGAAGCUUUCUUGGCACCUUUAUGAGGAAGAAUCUGUUGGUUGAACACAGCAGCAGGGUUUGAUCUUGUAGUUCCUAAGCCUGAAACUACCCUCAGCCUCCUUUGCCUGCUGGUUCACCCUGGGAAAGAGCAGUGCUUCUGUGUUCGUGGGGAGGCUUCUGGGCAGGGGGUUGGCGGUAGGAACAGAAAGACUACCCUGGCUUGCCAGAAGCCCUGAGCUGGGUUUCCCGAGGGGCUGCUUCUUGCUGCUCUCUUGGAGUGCCUGUGACUUGAAGACCCAUCUGAAGUUCAAGGGUAAGAGCUAGGAGUUCUGGCAUUAGCUGCUUCCAGGAUUUUCAACACAGUUGAAAAUACCUUUUUCACAGAACAUCCGACUGCACUAGCCUGGCCCGGAGUCUCCGUGAGGUUGUUGUCCGGCGCCGUUCGGUGCCUUCCGACCUGCAGGGUGAGAGAAGUCUCACCAGCUGGAGCCAGGACAUGCACCGGUUGCUCGAGAGCAUCAGAGUGGCACUGCUGGCACUGGGCUCUGGGGUGCUGUCCUUGAAUUAGACUCACAAGUGGCUUCUUCAUUUAAAAGCUUUUUUCCUGGGGCCUCUUUUCCUGGAUGUAUACGGUACCUUCCUUCUGAAGCUUGAGGAAGUCAUUUGUCUUCAGGUUACUUAUGUUUCUCAUUUCUAGAGGACUGUGCUUUAAAGAGAAUCGGUGGCGUGGCCGCUGAGUUGAGGCCCUCCGUCCUUCUAGAAGCUUGCUUUGCCUCCUACUCCCACAGGUACCAACAGACUGCUUACCUCCCAGAAUGUUCAGGCUGGAAGUUACAUUAAAGUGAAGUUAUUUGAAAGAAAAAGGAAAAAACCUCAUUUCCAAGGAUGACUUAAUUAUGGUGCCUUUUCCUUUCUUUUUACAUCCUCCUGUUCCCUAAGGUAAAUUUCUCAGCAUUAAAUAAAACACAUUUUAAAUAUA